UGAAUCCCCGAAUUUUCCCAUCUUUCGCAACACCUAACCGCCAUCCCGACCGCCAUACCUCAGUCGAUAGUUAAAGAGGGUCUUUGCAUUUCCGUCGAGUCUACCUUCCUUUUUCUUUCUAUUAACAUAAUGGGUAACGGAGCCAAGGCUGCGCAGAAGCGCGAGCGCAAUGCGAAGGACAACAAGGUCGCCAAGUCGCAGUUGAAGUCGAAUGUCAAGGCUAUGGAUAUCCAGUGCCAGAUCUGCAAAUCGACCUUCCUGAAGACCACCCGUGCGCCUCAGCUCACCGAGCACGCUGUCAAUAAGCAUAACAAGACCAUGGCCGAUUGCUUCCCCGGCCACGACGCUCCUCCAGCCAAAUAGACAAAACGAUGGUCCGUAUCCGUACGGAACGAUCGAACAGAUGAACAAUGCGCAUAGCGAUUGGCGCACUUGGUGUUCA